UCAUUUACAGUAGUUCACUAUGGCAUGUUGGAACAGUAUCCAAGUUUAAUCAUAAAAAGAGGAUUUGGACAAAGCACUCAGUCGGGUGGCUACUUCAACUCCCCUGGUGGAUUUGAUGCAUCACAAAGUACACAGAAACAGGACAAACCAAAGAAUUUUAUGCCAUGUACAAUUGCACAAAUAAAGAUGUCGGAACAGGUUGACGAUUACUUUAGAAUUGGUGAUGUGAACAUUCAUCAGGUGACUGUUAUCGGACUGGUCAGAAGGAUUGAAGUCCAGGCUACGUGUGUUUUGUACGAACUGGAUGACAUGACUGCACCUACAAUGGAAAUACGACAGUGGAGUGACACAACGAAUGGUGUUUAUCAUGUUGUAGGAGGAUUUGGACAAAGCACUCAGUCGGGUGGCUACUUCAACUCCCCUGGUGGAUUUGAUGCAUCACAAAGUACACAGAAACAGGACAAACCAAAGAAUUUUAUGCCAUGUACAAUUGCACAAAUAAAGAUGUCGGAACAGGUUGACGAUUACUUUAGAAUUGGUGAUGUGAACAUUCAUCAGGUGACUGUUAUCGGACUGGUCAGAAGGAUUGAAGUCCAGGCUACAUGUGUUUUGUACGAACUGGACGACAUGACUGCACCUACAAUGGAAAUACGACAGUGGAGUGACACAACGGACGAAGGUGAAACUACAACUAUGAUGCACAAGGAGAACACGUACGUUAGGGUGGCAGGCAACGUGCGAGUGUUUAACAACAAGCGCAUCUUGAGCGUAUUCAAGAUCCUCCCGAUCCUUGAUCUUAAUGAGAUAUCAUUACACAUGCUCGAAGUGAUACACAGUCACAUGUUACAUACCAAGGCAGCAGCAAAUAUGUCAAGUGGAUUUGGUCAGUCAACCAGUAUGAUGGUAACCCCAAUGAAGGGAGGAGGAGGAGCGUCAUUUAAUGGCGGAGGAAACAAUGGUCUGACAGGUGUUCAAAAUCAGGUACAUCAGUUGAUAAAUGCACAUGUUGGAGACCAGACCGGUAUCAGUAUUACUACCCUUUGCAGCCGGUUGAAAGGUGUAUCGAAGGACGCUAUCAAAAAUGCACUGGAGUUUUUGAGCAAUGAAGGUCAUAUUUACUCAACCAUUGAUGAUGAUCACUUCAAAUCAACUGACGGCUAAAGGCAGAUUUUUUUAAUUUUUUUAUUUAUUUUUUUUUUGGAAGGAAAGAAUAAUUUCAUUAUUUUUCUUAACAAUAAGGAACAAAACUUUGUAUUGAAAUCUGCUUCUUAAUCAUUUUCGUCCUUUUUGUAAAUAUAAAAAUUUCAGAAUAUUGCAUCCAUAAUGUCGCACACUUUACCAAAUGAAAAUGCUUUAACAGUGUAUGCAUGAUUUGACACUUGAUAUAUUUUUAUUAAUAUGAAUCCGAACUUGGGCACAAUAUUCUCUAAAGAAUCUCCUAAACACCCUGUUAAUGAUAAACAUAAUUGGCUAGAAAGAUGCUUUAGGUUGGACACAAUAAUUCCCACAAAGAAUUUUCUCCCACACAGUAAGACUAGUUUGCAUAGUGCCAGAAACCACUGUAAAAAAUGUUUUAUGGCAGUGUGUCAGGUCAUAGUGACUGAUUAUUAUGGGAGAGGGACCUUUUUAUUUUCCAAAACUUAACAUUCUGUUGUUUUAGUUUUUGAUAUUUUGAUUGACAUCUAGGUUGACAUCUCAUAAUGUGUACAUAAAAUGUCACUGUUUAAUAAACAUCAGUAUCAGUUUGUG